AACCGGCUGCAGCUGGGGGGGAAGCCGUUUCCCUCCCUGCCUUGAUUACAGACCUGCCUUCUGCUGGGCUCCACCGGGGACUCCAGGAGCAGGAACAUUAAUGGUUCCAGCUGCAGAGCUUCAGCCCGUGUAAACCCUCGCUGCUUCCAUCAGCUUCAUAGAUCUCUCCUCAUUUGCAUCCCUGUGAAGUCUAAAGCCUUAGAACAGUUUACCUUCCUCCUCCUGCAGGGUGCCGGGAGAGCUGGUGCCGAAAUUUACCCUGCAGAAGCGUCAACUUGAGCUUAAGAGUUUGCGUUUUGGAAAUUGCCAGGAGAUGGACGCGGGGCGAGUUGUGCGGGAUCAGGGACACGGGAACGCUUCCCCAAUUGAUAAGUGAGACUUAGGAGCGAUGGAAUAACACGGGAUUUGCCGCUCCCGGUCUCGGGCCGUACCUCCGUGGGGCACGGGAGGCUUUUCAUCACGGAUCCUCAAAGUGUGAGGCUUUGUUAUGUCUGAGAGCUGCCUCCCCGCCCCGCCGCGGAGCUCCGCCAGCCUCUCAUCAUCUCACGGCUUCGUUGAGCGGGCAGUGCGUGUGUAGUGUGUAAUCUCCAGACCUCAGACUCUCCGUGACUCUCCUGCUGUCGCUGUCGCGCGUGGUGUCGCUCUGUCCCAGCCCUCCCUCCCUCCUCAGCUCCCACCGCAAAAAAACCUCCCGGAGAACGGGGAUUCCCGGCGUUGCGGGGCGCUGCCGGCGGCGUGAGGCUGCGGGGAGCCCCCGGAGGCUGGAACUGACCCCCCGGUCCUCCCAGCCCCCCGGCCGUGGGGCUGGCUCCCGGCGCUGGGGGUCUGAGCACCGAGUCCCCCCCCCUCCGGCUGCGGGACCCCCGGGCUGCGGGACCCCCCGGCAACGGGACCGGCACCGGCCUCCGGACCCCCCGAGACGAAAUCGCCGAGAAUUCCUGCCCGAAGGCAGGGAUGUUUCCCGUGAGGAAGACAAGCAGCGACCUGCAGUCGGGAGGAAGCAGGGACUGAGUUCGCUCCAUGAAGCGUUUCUCCGAGAGCCUUUUUUCAAGGGACCGACAGGAGACGAGGGCUGGAGAAGGCGAGAUGGUCUCCAGCGGCUCUGCUGCCGGCGUGUGUCCUUCUCCCGGGAACCGGAAUCUGAGGCUUCUCCGUGCCCAGCGCCGCCGUGUCCCGUCGGCCACCACACCCUGAGAUCACACCCGGCCGCUCGGGAGAACCGGGCACUGUACAAACACGUCGGACUCGCCUCCACCCCUUCCUCUGCUCCCGCUCUCUCCUGCCGGCUGUCUCUCCCGGCCUCCCCAACCUGCCACGGCCCAGCGUCCCCACAGCGUCCCCACCUUGCCCCCGCUGACGGAGCCAUGAGGAGUCCGGGCCCAGCAACACCCUCCUCCAAUCGGCUUCGCUGCAUGACAGCGGGAGAGGUUCCCUCCAGACCCUUCUUUCUCCUCUCGCUUGGAAUUGUCCUCCCCCGGCGUCGUUGCAGCAGGACUGCCGGACAUUAAUGCCUUGAUGUAUUUUGGGACAGAGUACUGAAAAGCCAGAAGAGAGGUUUGUGGCUGGCAUCAUGUUCCGCAAGAAGAAGAAGAAACGCCCGGAGAUCUCGGCCCCGCAGAACUUUGAGCACCGUGUCCACACUUCAUUUGACCCAAAGGAGGGCAAAUUUGUGGGCCUGCCGCCUCAAUGGCAGAACAUUCUGGACACCCUGAGGCGCCCCAAGCCAGUGGUAGACCCUUCAAGGAUCACCAGGAUGCAGCUCCAGCCUAUGAAGACGGUGGUGAGGGGCAGCACGGUGGAAGUGGAAGGCUAUAUCUCCGGGCUGCUCAACGACAUCCAGAAGCUUUCUGCCAUCAGCUCGAACACCCUGAGGGGAAGGAGCCCCACCAGCAGGAGGAGAGCGCAGUCCCUGGGGCUCCUGGGGGAGGACAGACCCCCGGACAUGUACCUCCAGAGCCCCGAGGCUGACUGGGCCGACCGGUACGGAAACUACCUCAAUUGCAAUGGUGGGACCAAGGUGACGCGGCGGCAGACGAUGUGGCCGGAUUACAAACCCCGUCUGGAAGGACAGUCCCACCCCAACGGUUUGGUGAUGAAAGCUCAGUCCCUGGGGCCGUCGGAGUUCCAGGGCGCCGACGGGAGCUGCCUCCAGCGCGUCCCUGCCCUGACGCACGUGCCGGGGGAGAGCGAGAAGAUGGGGAGAAAGGGCUCGGAAGAGUGUUGGCCUCAGCCCUGUCCCCUCCGACCAGCAAACCCCAGGCCAGCCGGGGAGGGCAGCCCCAGUGCCAAAUCCAGGGAGAACAGCUUGAAGAGGCGGCUGCUCCGCAGCGUGUUCCCUUCCUCCAGCGGCUCGAACAAGUCAGGCCCUUCCCUCCAGAUGAAGCCUAAUGCUUUCUUCAGGCCCCAGCAGUGGGGUUCACCGCGCAGCCCCGCAGCCAAAGCCCAGUCUCUUCCACCGGAUCAGCCCGUCUCCGACUUCCCCAGGAUGGUCUCUGAAGCUGGGACCCCCCAGAAAUCCCCAACGGUGGAGAAGGCAGUCACGCUGCCGCAGGGCAGGCCGUCGCCGGCGGGGUCUCCCAGGAACCGGCAGACCCAGACGAGUUCUAGCAACCUCCACCUUCCCCAGGACUCAUCUGCCAAGGGGCAGUUGGCCAACGAGGACCCGGUGGUUGUCACCCACGAGCAGUUCAAAGCUGCCCUUAGGAUGGUGGUGGACCAGGGGGAUCCCCGGACGUUGCUGGAGAACUACAUAAAGAUUGGGGAAGGGUCCACGGGGAUCGUCUGUAUCGCUCGAGAGAAGCACUCGGGGAGGCAGGUGGCGGUGAAAAUGAUGGACCUGAGAAAGCAGCAGCGCCGGGAGCUCCUGUUUAAUGAGGUGGUGAUAAUGAGGGACUAUCAACAUGUCAACGUAGUGGAGAUGUACAAGAGCUAUCUCGUGGGAGAGGAGCUCUGGGUGCUGAUGGAGUUCCUGCAGGGGGGAGCCCUCACAGACAUCGUGUCUCAGAUCAGGUUAAACGAAGAGCAAAUUGCCACGGUGUGUGAAUCGGUGCUGCAGGCUCUGUCGUAUCUUCACUCUCAGGGGGUCAUUCACCGAGACAUCAAGAGCGACUCCAUUCUUCUGACGCUGGAUGGAAGGGUCAAACUCUCAGAUUUUGGCUUCUGUGCUCAGAUCAGUAAAGAUGUACCCAAGAGAAAGUCCCUGGUGGGUACUCCCUACUGGAUGGCUCCAGAAGUUAUUGCGAGGAUACCGUACGCUACCGAGGUGGAUAUCUGGUCGCUGGGGAUCAUGGUGAUAGAGAUGGUGGAUGGAGAACCUCCCUAUUUUAGUGAUUCUCCGGUCCAGGCAAUGAAGAGGCUCCGUGACAGCCCUCCUCCCAGACUGAAAAACUUCCACAGGACCUCCCCGGUUCUGCGAGACUUCCUGGAGAGGAUGUUGACGCGGGACCCGCUGGAAAGAGCGACGGCUCAAGAACUUCUGGAUCACCCCUUCUUGCUCCAGACAGGACUUCCAGAGUGCCUGGUGCCCCUCAUCCAGCAGUACAGAAAGCGCACUUCUACCUGCUGAUUUCAUCUAGGGGGAAAAAGCUGGCAAAAAAUAACGUUUAUUAAAAGAAAAAUAAUAAUAAUCAAGAAAACACGCAAUCUUGUCCCUUAAAUGGUGCUUGGAACUUGUCAGCGAUCUUUUUAGAGGAUGAAUGUGAAUCCUGCCCUUGCAUUCUCAGCCGCUUGUGGCUUCUCUUUUGCUGAAGACAAUCAAUAGGUACUAGAUCCAACCAGGAGCGUGUGGCUCAGGAAGGACGCGGGUAUUUCCUGACUUGUGGGUCGCUUCUUCCCCACAGCGGCCUUUUAAAGCGGAGUCUGAAGUUGUGUGUCUGAAUGUCUGCAAGUUCCUGCAAAACGUGGCUGCUGACUACUGAACUGGGAGGGUAUUUCCCACUCAGAAAUGUGAUCUUUAGUCAUACACUGGAGGCUGGAGCUGUCCCAAAUUCACACUUUGGGGCACGGAGCCCUUUAAGCUCUCAAACAAUGCACAAAGACUUGAUAGGUUUUUUUUUCCUCCCAGACUUUUUCACAGACAAUUUUAAUUUCCUUCGGUUAAAUGUGGACCUGGAAAACUGUACGUAUUUUCCUGGGGAGCAGACGUGAUCUGUGUAUAUUUGUUUCUAAAUGGCUCUCUUGCAUCAACGUGCUUCUCUUUGGCUGAGGAAUAUGUAUGGUUUAGUGGUCAAUCUUGAAUCCAUUUCAUGAUCUUAAACUUUUUUUGGGGGAAACCCCUUGGAUACAGGCCUCAAAACAGACUCUGAAGACGGGUGUUCCUGCCACUGGGAUCUUGUGGUUGAAGUUCACACCACGCAAAGCCUCCCGUGCUGCUGGAUGGAGAGUCCGGGAGAGCUUCCUCCUGCAUUUGCUUUCCAGGCGCCUUAUCUCCAAGCCCUUUCUCCCAGGAGAGGCUGAGAAACGCUGCCCCGAGCCCGUUGCUGCCCUUUGGGGAUGCUGGAGGAGACAGAAUGGAAGGGUUUCAGCUGUUCCACGUAUCCAGGGAGAGAUUUUCGUGUUCACCUGAGGCGAUUUCUGAGCCUCCGUCCCCCCUGGUCGCUACUGCAGGACACGGGGAGGAGAGGAACUUCCGAUGUGUGUUUUGUUAUUGGUGGGACCUUCCCCGUCACCCCUUUGUUUGGAAGGUUACUGGUUGUCUAAGCAGCUCUCUCCAUUAUUUUAAAAUAGAUCUAGGUAUUUUGUAUGAUACGCUCUGAGCAGUGCGAUUGUCGAGGUGAUUGGACUCUAGGUCAGGAUGUAACGUUGUACAGAACUGGUGUGUUGUUGUGAGGUCUCAAGAAUAUAAUCUUAUGUGUGGAACUGGGAUCCUGUGUUGAAAGUCCAGAUAGAAAUCUAUUGGAAUUUAAAUUAUUCUUGGGACAGUCCUGCUGUCUCAGAAACCAACCUCAUAAUUCAUAAUUGCAUUUUCUGCAGAAGAUGUUGAUAAUCCCUGUCCUCUGCUGUUAACUCCACUUACAGAUCCUGCUUCAGACUUGAAGCCACAGUUGAUUACUUGAAGUAAUUUGGGAUGGAGUUCCCCUGCACUGAUGGCAGCCAUCCAGGUGGCACCCAGGAGCUCGCUCUCCGUUAUCCCGGUACCUGCGGGGUUGUGAAGUGGUUGUCCCUGGAUAACACCCUGCCUGUGGCCAGUGGAGGGAAGGGGUGGGUGGUGGUUGGCCUGGACUGGAUGUCGAAGUUUGGGGCUGAUGGAGUUGGUGGAAAUGAAUUCAUUUAGCUCCUCCUUAACUGCACUGGAAAAUUUUUGAUGUAAAAUGUUUGUGUAUUCCAGAUAUACUGCUUUUUUUUAUGCAAAAGAGCGGGGCUUUGAAAAGAUUUAUAAAUUGAAACAAAAGAUCCUACUCAUCUGUAGUUGUGAAUCCUUUGCACUUGUGUUUUAAAUUAAAGUAGAUCUUGAUUUAUUCAUAA